AUUACGGUGGUAACAUGUUUUUGAACUUGGUCAAUGUUUGUUGUGUUUACAUGAGAUAAUUCUGCUAAAGGGCUUUGUGAUCUAAAGUGUAGACUGAACGUAUCCAGUUUCAUGACGUUUUGACUGUACGUUUCAGCGAUUUCUUUGUGUCGGGGAUCACCAAGGAAUACUGUAGACUGGGGGUGUGUGCGUUCUUGAGAAGAAACUGGAACUCUUGUAUAGCCUGAACUCGUUACAUUCCACUGCAUUCUUUAGUUUACACCUCCAUUGGCCUUAGUCUAUCCAGCCAUUUAGAGUUUCUUUUGUUUUGUUGGGUGUCAUGAGAUUCAGGGCUAGGCCUAGUAGCUAACAAGAUUCAGAAUAAUUGAUUGGAUUAACGAUUAUUAUACGGAUCAUUUGUGCUUGCUCUAUUUCUUUUUAUUAUGUGUUCAUGAUCUGUACUACGUUUUCUGAAAGUUCCAAGUUGGUCCACACAUAUAUAUAUAUAUACUAUGUCUUGUUUUAUCCGUUCACUUUGGACUCCUGGAUGUAUUCAGCAACUACUUGAAGUAUUCUUAUGAGGCUAAUGUUGUACAUAUGACUGGGGCAAGUUCAUUUUGAAGCCAUUGGAUUCCCUUCUCUAAGACAACAUUUCAAGAGCGUUCAUUGCUCGCAGUUCUAUUUCUUCACUUUGGUUGAUGACGUAGUGUGGAAGAAUUCUGUUUCUUAAGUACCGUUUAAUCUUAAUUUGUCGAGUCUGUGUGCUAAUUGUUAACACUUGCUGAUUAGAUGUCGUUGAGCCACACAGUUGAUUCGUGCCUGGCACAUGCUCUUGACCAGUUUUCCAACCAACACUGACUUUGUUUUUUUCGACAUUGCAUUCAACGUUUCGAUUAGAUUUAGAAACAGCGGUGGAUAACAGUUUAUAAUUGAAAUAGUUGUGGCUUUCUUGGAGCCGUGUAUCAACCACUGUGCUUAGUCCGUGACUACUCUCCGGUAUGGAUAUCAAAGGAUUUCUUUCGUCGGAAGGUCGCAGAAAGUCUUUUGGAGAUGAGUACAAGUCUUUCAAGUUGCUGGGUGGGGAAAGGAGACGCCAGUCCGUGGCAACGUGGACCACGCUUCGGCCAUUUCUUCCUGCAGCCGUCCCUUUGUUGGAGGAACUGAAUGACCUUCACGAGGAGAAGAGAAAUGUGGUGAUUGAUCAUCAUCGCAAUAAUGUCAAGCAGCGCCAUAAGUCUGGUGACUUGACCCCCAAUGAUGCUGGUCCCAUUGAUGGCAGUGUCAACAAAUCUGCGGUUCCUUGGUACAAGAAGGACUUUACUGAGAAUUCUCUUGAGGAUGAUGUAAAUAAAUCACAAAAUUCUUGGAGUGCCGCUGACCAGCAGUUAGCUCAAGAUGUAUCAAGUACUGCAGUGCUCACCUCCAGGGUGGGAGAGGAGAUUGAAGACUUGGAGAUCACAGAGAUUGACCGCGGCAACUGGUCAGGACGUUUUGAUUUCCUCAUGUCCUUGUUGGGCUACUCUGUUGGCCUGGGCAACGUUUGGAGAUUUCCUUACUUAGCCUACAGCAAUGGUGGUGGGGCUUUUCUAUUUCCUUUUAUCAUCAUGUUUAUACUCCUGGGUUUUCCCCUGAUGUUUCUGGAACUCAGCUUUGGUCAGUUUGCUGCUUUGGGCCCAGCAGCAAUCUUCGAUAGAAUCUGUCCACUUUUGAAUGGUAUUGGCCAUGCCAUGGUGUGUGUAUCUUGUAUGGUUGCCUUCUAUUACACUGUAAUCAUUGGAUGGGCUUUCCUUUACAUGUUCAAGUCCUUCGCCUCUGAACUACCAUGGGAGAGAUGUCAUAAGGACUGGGCCAGUGAGCGGUGUUACUCUCACAAGGAUGCCGCUGACUGUACUGCCACCAAUGGUUCUGUGUACUACUUACAGAACUGUUUUAACAAGACAGAAGUGGAGAGGCUGAACAUAAGCUCUUUGGCCCACAACAAAUCUGACAGGGCACCGCCUGCUCAAGACUACUUUGAGCGUGAUAUACUUGGAGUGACUGAGAGUAUAGAAGAUAUUGGAGGAUUACAGUGGCAGAUAGUCUUGUGUCUGCUGCUGACUUGGACCUUGACAUUCCUUUCUCUCAGCAAGGGUGUUAAAAGUGUUGGAAAGGUUGUUUACUUCACUGCUUUGUUCCCCUAUGUCGUCCUGACUAUUUUAUUUUUCCGUGGUGUGACCUUGGAUGGAGCAAAAGAUGGCAUAAUCUACUACCUCACUCCAAAGUUUGACAAGUUGAUAGUUGCAGAAACCUGGGUAAAGGCAGCCGUGCAGAUCUUCUUUGCUCUAAGUCCAGCUUGGGGCGGUCUCAUUACUUUAUCAAGUUACAAUAAAUUUCACAAUAACUGUUUCAAGGAUUCCCUGAUUGUUGGUGUGGGCAAUGUCUGCACCAGCAUUUAUGCUGGAUUUGUUAUCUUCAGUAUUGUGGGCUAUUUGGCUAAAGAGCUUGAAACACCUAUUGAUACAGUCGUGGAUGAAGGUCCAGGGCUUGCCUUUAUUGUGUUUCCUGAUGUGGUCACUCGACUGCCCAUCCCUCCACUCUGGUCCUUCCUCUUCUUUUUCAUGUUAAUUACGCUCGGCAUGGGCAGUGAGUUUGCCUUACUUGAGACAGUUAUGACUGCUGUACAAGACACGUAUCCUCCACUAAGACAGAAGAAAGUGUUUGUGGUGCUGGGGGUUUGUGUUUUUGGUUUCCUUGGAGGUCUGGUUGUUUGCACAGAGGGUGGCAUGUAUGUUCUACAACUGAUGGACACAUACUCUGCCAGUUUUGCUGUCUUUAUAAUGGCCAUUUUGGAGUGCCUGAUUAUCGGAUGGAUUUAUGGUGCUGACCGCUUCCUGAGAGACAUAGAGACAAUGAUUGGUCAGAGGAGUAAAUUCUGGCACUAUUUCUUCAUCUUCUUCUGGAAGUUUCUGACACCAGCCACUCUUAUUUUCUUGUUGCUGUUCAAUCUGGUGGACUACAAACGUAUGUCCUACAAGAAGAAGCCGUACCCAGUCUGGGCUGAAUUGCUAGGUUGGUUCAUGACCUUCAUCCCUGUAUUGGUGAUCAUCUGUAUGGGAAUAUGGAGGUUCUACCGCUCACCUAAGGAAAAGACAUUUGUUAUGAAAUUGAAAAAGAUGCUCCAUGAUACACCCAAGUGGGGUCCAGCUUCUAAGAUCCCACGAUCAGAUUCUAGCCUGGACAUUGAGGGAGGCAAGUCACGGAUUGUUACAAACCCAGGUUUUACAACAACAGGCAAUGAAACCAGGAUAUAACUUCAUCUGCAUCUCUACAUCUUCCUGUUGUUUGACAGUCUGCUAGACACUCAUGUGCUUGGUUCAAAGAUAGUUCUUAAACAUGUAUGGACAAAAGGUUUAGGCUAAUAGUGAUAUUUCCGAGUGGAUUAUUAGAGUUUUAGCUGGAUAUUUCAAUGAUUGUAAUUAGAAGACCUGUCUGUCAUUCCAACGUAACAUCACUCGAUUGACACCAGAGAAUCUCAAAGGAUGGAGUCAUCUGCUGAAAAAAAUUUACUUUUUUUUUUUUUUAAUUGUGAUAUUGACUAUUUAUUAAAUAAUAGAAGAAAUCUUUGAUCUGCUGCUAUUUAAAAAAAAAAAUCAUCAACACAAUAUUGAUAUCUUUGGACUAGAGAUGAAUAUUUGUAGAGUACUAGAGACAGCACACCCUGGAGAAGCAGUGCAGGGUUCUGAGCUUAAACUGCACUACACCAUUAAUUAGGAUGAAUUGGCUUCUGUGUCUGUGCACUUGAAGUUUCUUGGGUGGCAAUGGAGAAGAUAUGAAUUUUGACACCUUCUGUCGACUUAGCUUUCAUUACCAACAUUUCAUUGACACAUCUUGUGGCUACACACUGCCAUGGGUUACUGUGUAAUUCUUCUUAUAAUAUGGAACAUUGUUUUGGAAAGAGAAGCUUAUUGUUAACAUGACCCUCAUAAGGAUGGCUACUCAAGAGUUACUCCUGACAAGAAACAAACACGAUUGUAGAUUUGUCUCUUGGGGAGAUGUUAGCUUUUUAAAAUACCAUUGUUGUUAGUCAUCAGUACAACUAGUGGCCAACCAGUUCCUAAAGUCCAGAUGCAGUGUAACAGUCCAAUCUGACAUUGGGUUUGGUUCAUCUGGAUUUAAGCCAUUCUUGUAAGACGUAGACUGAAAAACUUGUACCUUUGACUUGUGCUCUUUUUUGAAACAACAAAAGCUGAUUGAAAACUGAAGUAAUUUAUUCUUUUGUGAUUCAAUUUCUUUUUAUUGAAACUGAACUUUCCAGUCAAUUGAAUUUUAAUUCAUUUUUUUAAAUCAUUUGUUUGGUGAAGUUUUAAAGUUAAUAUUGUUUUUUAGUGGUGUCGUAGGUAUUUUUUUCUUCAGUCAAUUAGUUGAGUUGGAGCUGUGGUUUUAAAGUGCCAAAGAUCUAUUGUUUAUGUUUAUUGAAGUCGUUUAUUUUUUAAUUUUGUGUUUAAGGUUUUGGAUUUUAAUGAAGUUUUAAGAAAACCUAGAUUUAUUUUUCUCCUGUUCAGAGUUUGAAGCAUUUGAUUGAACGUGUGUCUUCAGUUGGAAACAAGCUCAGGAUUUGUUGGUCUAAACUAUCAUUGUCUCUUUCUCUCUCUCUCCAUGAAACAGCAUUGAUCAGAUUAAGGACCAUGUGUAGACCUGGCACUGACACAAGCAAUGCCUAAAAGACAUGAUUUAUUUUCUGUACAUGAGCAUCUGUAACAGAUUCAAAUUUCUGUUCGAAAGUGUUUUAAUGAGUUACUUUGCAUUAGUGGUGAGAGUUUUUAGAGACUGUCUUCUCUUAGCUUGCGUCUGCUUACGUAGCAGUCAGAAGUUCAUAUGAAAAUAUUUGUUUUUCCUAUUAUUUGAAUAUACUACGAGAAUUCUCAGCUCAAAACUUUAACAAAAUUUUUAUUUUAUGUUGUUUUUAUUUUUUUUGCUCUAUACACAUGUAUUUCUACACCUACUAGACAUUGCUCUCAUAUAAUAGUGCUUUACAUGUUUGAAUCUCAAUCAACAGUAGUAAAAAUAAACCAAUUAUUUGUAGCAGAACUCUAAUGAAUCUACAUAUUCUCUUUUUAGUUACCAUUUUGUUUCUUUAUUCCAAGCGCCUGUGUGUUUAAGGAUUAUUAUUUUUUUUCUUCUUUGCAUUUACUGUUGAGAUAGCGUGUAUAUUUAUUUGUUUAGUUGUAGUCAUUUCAAGGCUAAGUCAUUUCUUAUGGCAGCUAUUUGGUAGUGCACUUGAGUGAUCUAUAUAGUACCAUCCCUCACGUCUGGUGAUACUAUACAUGAAGUCCUGAGUAUUUUAGAACCAAGGUUUUGAUGUUUUGUCAAUGUUUAAAAUAAAACGUUCUUAUUCUAAGCACAGAAACUUUUCUAGAUUGGGGGGGGG